ACCUGGCCUGGAGCAGACAAAACACACACACAAAAGGGGUCUCGUUUCCUGCAUGCUCCGAGCAAAGAACAGCGGAAGCGCGCUCACGAACCCUAAUUACCAAACCCUACUAGCUUUCAAGCCUCGCCAGGUAUUGCUCGCCGAGAGAAGCACUAAGGUGUCGACGACGAUGAAGCAAUGCAGCAACCGCGAAACCCCAGCCCUGAAUCCUGACCAGAAGGCCCUUCUUCUCCAAUCCGUCCUCGGCUACCUCGAACGCAACGGCUUCUCCAAAGCUCUCAAACGCUUACUCUCCGAAGCUCAAAUCGAGACUAACAACUGGAAGGCGUGUUCGCUGAACUUGGAAGAUUUGUACGGCAAAUAUUUGGCGACAUGUGCUCGUGCUGAAACAAAUCUUGACACUUACAAGAACCAAGAAUUGGUGACUGAUGUUACUAACAAGAAAUCUGGAGAUAGCCUUGGUUCUGCCAUUAAGCAAACUGUUGGAGAGAAGAAGAAAAAGAAAAGCAAUAAAGGUGAAACUAAUGCUGUAGAAAAUCAGUCUGAAAAUGGAAUUGCUGAAUCUUCUAAGAACUCCAUGGAGAUACUAGUGAAAGAUUCUCUUGCAUCACCAAAUGCUGAGUUGAAAGCGAAGAAGAAAAGCAAAAAGGUUCAAACAGAACAAGUGAUUACACAAGCAUUGAAGGAAUCCACUGCUGAUACAGUUGGUCAGCUGCAAAUAGAUGAAUCCCUUGAGAAAAAAACGGAUAAGAAGAAAAAGAAAAGCAAAUAUAUUUCCGAACCACAUGAUGCUAAUGUUGAACCAGUGCCAGUAGAUCCAUUACCACCGGCGAAUGAAGAGAAUUCAAAACUGUCCUUAGACGAAGUUAAAAUUGAUUCUGAGGCAGAAGGUAAAUCUAAAGAUAAAAAGAAGAAGAAAAAGAAGAAGAGUAUGGAUUCUCACAUUGAAAAUGUUGAUAAAUCUGCAUUGGAGAACAUGCAUGAUGUUCCCUUGGAGGAGAAAAAGAGUUCAAAGAAAAGGAAAAGACUGGCUUCUGAAGAAAAUGAGGUACACCCGGCGGAGAAAUUAGCAAGCGAGGAAUCAAAACGCAGAAAAACUGUUACUUUGGAAGAAACAAAGAUCUGUGAGAAGAUUACAGAAGUUAAUGCAAAUGCAGGAGAUGGGAUAGAAAGUAAAAGAGAAAAUGGCUCCGUUAGUGAAUAUGAGCUGCAAAACACAUCUAGUGAACAGACUGAGGCACCCACAAAUAGGAACUUCGAGAAAGAUGGAGUGAAAUCUGCUACUCCGAAAACCAGAAGAAAGCAACAUCAGGGUUCAGCAGAGCCAAAGACAGUAAAUGCAUUUCAGAGGGUGAAAAUUGACGAGGUGAAAUUCGCUGAUGAGAGGCUCCAAGAUAAUUCUUAUUGGGCCAAGAGUGGUGCGGACAAUGGAUAUGGAGCAAAAGCACAGGAAAUACUGGGGCAGGUCAAAGGAAGGGAUUUUCGCCAUGAAAAAACAAAGAAGAAGCGUGGUAGUUACAGAGGAGGACAGAUCGAUCUGCAAGCCCACUCAGUGAAGUUCAAUUAUUCGGACGAGGAUUGAGAGGCUUCUAAUUGCGAUGGAAAGUUCUCUCCUUUUUGUUGUCUUUUAUGUCUGAAACUGUAUCCAAAUUUUGAUUCUACAAAGUUCUCCCCUUUUUGUUGUUAUUUAUGUCUGAAAUUGUAUCAAAAUUUUGAUUCUACUCAGUUAUUUACGCAUAAUGAUAACGGUGAUACUUCAGCUCAAUUAUUCUGCAUUUUAAAUUUUUA